CGCGCAGGCGCCGUGCCCGCUCCCCCCUGCCCGGCGGAGUCUGGGGCUCCGGAUCAAAAUGGCGGCGGCCGGAGCAGGACCGGGAGGGAGUGGGCGGUGCUGAGGGGGGAGGAUGGCGGCGGCGAGCGGCUGCCGGAGAAAUGGAGGAACAGAAUGCUGGACCUGGGACUGAAGUUUUAUAAAGGAUUAUGGGAUUAUACACUGAAGAGCCAGCAGGCGGAAUGCCUGAGUGACUGAAGAAAAUGGGUGCUAAUGCAUCUAACUACCCUCACUCGUGUUCCCCAAGGGUAGGGGGAAAUUCACAGGCACAACAGACAUUCAUAGGGACAUCAUCCUACUCUCAUCAAGGUUAUGGCUGUGAAUCAAAGCUGUAUAGCCUUGACCAUGGCCAUGAGAAACCUCAAGACAAGAAAAAGAAAACCUCUGGCCUUGCCACCCUCAAAAAGAAAUUCAUUAAACGUCGGAAAUCUAGCCGAUCUGCUGAUCAUGCCAAGCAGAUGCGUGAGCUCCUCUCAGGCUGGGAUGUCAGAGAUGUUAAUGCAUUAGUAGAAGAAUAUGAAGGGACUUCAGCCUUGAAGGAACUUUAUCUACAAGCUAAUUUGGCAAGACCAGAAGCCAGAACGCUACAAAAAGACAUGGCUGAACUUUAUCAGUACAAAUAUUGUACUGAUGUAGACUUAAUAUUUCAAGAAACUUGUUUUCCUGUGCAUCGUGCGAUAUUGGCAGCAAGAUGUCCAUUUUUUAAGACGCUGCUUUCUUCCUCACCAGAGUAUGGGGCAGAAAUAAUAAUGGAUAUUAACACAGCUGGCAUAGAUAUGCCUAUGUUUUCAGCUUUGUUACACUACCUUUAUACAGGCGAGUUUGGAAUGGAGGAUUCAAGAUUCCAAAAUGUUGAUAUCCUUGUGCAGCUUAGUGAAGAAUUUGGAACACCAAAUUCCUUAGAUGUUGACAUGCGUGCACUGUUUGAUUACAUGUGCUACUAUGAUGUGGUUCUUAGCUUUUCAUCCAACUCUGACUUAGUUGAAACUUUUGGUGGAAGUCAGAACUGUCUAGAUGAAGAGCUCAGAGCUCACAAAGCUAUUAUUUCAUCACGAUCUCCAUUUUUUCGUCACUUGCUGCAGAGGAGGAUACGAACUGGUGAAGAAAUCACAGACCGAACUCUACGAACUCCAACUAGAAUUAUAUUGGAUGAAUCUAUCAUACCAAAAAAAUAUGCUAAGGUCAUUUUGAACUGUAUGUAUACAGAUGUGGUGGACCUCUCAGUUUUGCACUCUAGCCCUUCAGUGGGCAGUUUAAGUGAAGUUCAGGCUCUUGUAGCAGGAAAACUAAACAUGACUAGGGCUGAAGAAGCUAUGGAGCUUUAUCACAUAGCACUGUUCUUGGAGUUUAACAUGCUUGCACAAGGCUGUGAAGAUAUUAUUGCUGAGAGCAUCUCACUAGACACCUUAAUUGCCAUUCUGAAGUGGAGCUCUCAGCCAUACGGUUCCAAGUGGGUACAUCGUCAAGCGCUACAUUUCCGCUGUGAGGAGUUUACCCAGGUCAUGACUUCAGAUGUCUUCUACGAACUCAGCAAGGACCACCUGCUCACAGCUAUUCAGUCUGACUAUUUACAGGCAAGUGAACAAGAUAUUCUUAAAUAUCUGAUUAAAUGGGGAGAACACCAGUUGAUGAAGAGAAUAGCAGAUCGAGAGCCUAAUUUACUCAGUGGUACUGCUCACAGUGUGAACAAAAGAGGUGUGAAGAGGAGAGAUCUUGACAUUGAAGAGCUGAGAGAGAUCCUGUCUCCACUUUUACCUUUUGUCCGCAUUGAGCACAUCUUACCCAUGAACAGUGAAGUACUGAGUGAUGCAAUGAAGAGAGGCCUGAUUAGCACUCCUCCUUCAGACAUGCUACCAACAUCAGAAGGUGGAAAGUCAAAUGCCUGGCUGCGGCAAAAAAAUGCUGGAAUAUAUGUACGGCCAAGACUGUUCUCGCCGUACGUGGAGGAGGCUAAGAUCUUGAUGAAAUUCCACCGGAAACAAAGCAGCGUUCUGAGGGAAACCUCCCUGGUUUCCAGCCAGUUUGCCGGCCCAGCUCCUCGGCAGCCCUCCUGGCAGGCGGAUGGCAAGUCAGUACUGGAUGAGAUGAUGGUGGAACAAACCGAUCUCGUUCGUUUGCGGAUGGUCCGAAUGUCCAACGUGCCCGACACCCUUUACAUGGUAAACAACGCGGUGCCGCAGUGCUGUCAUAUGAUUACCCACCAGCAAGUUAGCACUAACCAGUCCAGUCCUCCUUCAGUUAUAGCCAAUGAGAUCCCAGUUCCCAAUCUCCUCAUUGUAAAAGAGAUGAUCAAACGGCUGCAGGAGCUGCGUCAUACUGAGCAGGUGCAAAGAGCGUAUGCUCUUAAUUGUGGAGAAGGCGCCACAGUCAGUUAUGAGAUUCAGAUUCGUGUGCUGCGGGAAUUUGGACUUUCUGAUGCUGCUGCUGAACUUUUGCAGAAUCCUCACAAAUUCUUUCCUGAUGAGCGAUUUGGGGACGAAAGCCCACUCCUGACAAUGAGACAGUCUGGACGAUGUCGUGUUAACAGCACUCCCACUGCAGAAACCAUGUUUACAGAACUGGACUCUUUUGUGGCCUUCCAUCCACCAUUGCCCCCUCCUCCACCUCCAUACCACCCACCAGCAACUCCUAUUCAUAACCAGUUCAAAGUGGGCUGGAAACAAAGGGUGCCAAGUCAACAUCCCUCCCGUUCCUUUUCUUACCCGUGCAAUCACUCACUAUUCCAUUCCCGAACCGCUCCCAAAGCUGCACCACCUGUCUACUUGCCCAGUGUUAAAGCAGCACCUCCUGAUUGCACUAACACUACAGGUCUGGGGAGACAAACAGUGGCUGCGGCAGCGGCGGUGAUGGCAGCUGAGAAGCAAGUAUGUACUCAGCCCUUGCUGAAUGAACUGAUGCCAGAUAUCGCAAUGGGUGUCUCAGCAAUGUCUUUAAAAGACAGAAGAUUACCAGAGCUCACAGUUGACACAGAAUUAAGCCAAACGGUUACAGAGGUAGGGCCUGGUCCACCCCAGCACAUUUCAUGUAUUCAGAACAGACACAUGCCCACUUCUCGAAAGAAACAUGCAAUAGAGCAAAAAAUAGAUGCUCGAGAAAAUCAGCAGGAAUAUCCUGACUUCUAUGACUUCUCUAACGCUGCUGCAUGCAGACCCUCUACUCCAGCACCUAACAGGCACAGCCCUUCGCCUUCACAAGGCAUGUAUUUUGGCCCAGAUUUGUAUAGCCACAAUAAGGCAUCACCAAGUGGCUUAAAGUCAACCUAUCUACCCUCCCAGAUAUCUCCUAAAAAGCAAGAGGAUUCUAGGAGGGAAUUCCUGCUCUCCCAAGAUGGGCAUCAACACAGACAAAAGAAUGAGCCAAUACACCUCGAUGUCUUAGAACAACCUCCCCAGCGACUGGAUUUGGCAUUGGCUACCCAGGAAAAUGGUGGUAAUGGCCCGGUUCACAUCAGGGGAAGAACAAAAAUGGAAACUGAUUUAACAUAUGGGCUGACCUCCAACAGACCUUCGCUCUCUGCAUACACCUCUGAAAUGCAAGAGGAGAGACCCAGUAGGAGACUGGCAGAUGAUGAGCCAUUGGAACAUGGAGCACAGAGAAACGCAGAUUUGGAAAGGGAAGAUGCAGUAAGCAGAGGAAGGAGGUCUCCAAGCAAACCAGACUUCCUGUAUAAAAAAUCUGCCCUAUGAAAGCAACCUCCACUAUUUCUCUGUGCCUAAGAGUUGUAAACAUCCCAUUCUCUGCAACUUUUGGCCUGACUUCUGUCAGACAAAUUCAUUCAUGCCAGCAGAUAAAUUCAGCUUUGCUCACUUCUUUUGUACAUACAUUGCUUUAUUAGAGACAGCAUGUUAUCAGUUUGUUUUUAAUGCUGCUUCUGGUUUUAUUUUGUGGGAAAUUUUUUUUGAGCAAAUUUAAUUAAGCCUUUAAAAAAAAAAGCUGGUACUUUUUUCUACAACCUGGUAGCCUUUUGCACCUGUACAUCUAUUUUAGUGUAUUAGUUUUGUACUAAUAUGUUAAACUUUAUUGUCACAUUUAAAGGACUGUAUUUUCAUACUUUUGCAUUUUCCCUUUCACCUGCCAAUUCCUUAUGUGCAUUGGGUUGCACAUUAUGAAAUGUAUUUUCUUAUGAGAUAGUAACAAUGUGUUUAUUUUUUAAUUAUAGGAAUUCCAAAGAACAGCACAUCAAAAUACUGCAUUUUAAGUUAGAUUUUUUUGUUUGUUUAGAUCUGAAAUCUUCCUGAUUUUUACAACUAUGGCAAGAAUCCAGUCUAAUGUUUUGUUUGAAAGUUCUGGCAGCUGGUCUUAUCCUUAUAUAGCAAGCCCACUUCAAGAAUUAUUUUUGGGUUUUUAAGAGUCCGGGGGAUAUUUAGGAGUCCAAAUUCCAGUGAAAUUCACUGGGAUCUGACAGUCUGAUUCUGUUUUGCUUUCUGGUUCAGCUGUGACCAUGGAACUCCAUGAUCACCCAGAAGCACAUUAGACAGACUAGAAUUGUUCAUUUGCCCAUGCAGAAAUAAAUCUAGAAAUACUGUAAAAAUUAUAGUAAUAACUUGUUCUUCCAGCUACCCAUAUGUGGGGGUAAGUGAAGACCGGAGUUGAGGAUUUGUGCUAAAUCCUGGAGUGUCGGGAAGACAAGGCAUAGUAUCUUCGCUGUUGCCUGAAUGGUAACCCUCCACUUGAGGGUUCCCUCGCCAACAGAGGUGCCGAGGUGACGGCUCAUUGCCUUGCUUUCUCCUGCCUGUGAUUAAAAAAGGGCUUCACUCUUAGUGAUGUCGUUCAGUGUUCCUUACCUGAUCUGAAGUGUUGCUGACUUCAUAAUUGCAGCUGUUCUGUGAACAAAGUCAAAGUGAAGAGUAACUGCUCUAGCAUUAUGAAAUGUGCAAAGCUUUAGCACUCUUACGUUACACUUCCAUUUUCCAACUUUGUGCUUUAAAAAAGCAGAAAUGAGAUUCAUCUAUUAACAUGAUAUGAAGAGGGAAUGAUAGUGAUCUGGGCUGCCUCCCUGCCUCUGGGUUGGGGUUAAGCAAUGCACCGGGUAUAAUGGUUAUAAGUGCAUCCUUAAUACUUACCAUGCAGUUUUUACCACAGAUUCAUUGUAUUUAGGAUCGGGAUCUGAUGCUACUGCAGUGUAGUGUUUACCGGUAAAGGCCUGUUUGGGUUUUUUAAAUGCAGUUUCUGUAAUGAAGAAUCUCCCUGUAGUAGAAAACUUUAGUCCCAAGUGUGACCUAAGGACUACUUUAAGGUUAGGUUGAGUUGUUUCCUGCAGUUCAAAAUGCUUAAUACUAUUUAAACAGGUAUCUUGCUGCAACUUUACUUUUAGUUUUAGUUGAUGGCAGAUUCUUACCUAACCUGCUUCAUUAAAGUAUGCAAGGCCUGGUAACACCACCACAAUGUUAUUGAAAUAUAUUGAAUACUGCAUUUCCAAACUACCAAAUAGCUUCUAGAUAAAUGAAGAUAUGGGUGUUUGAACCAAUAAAUCCUCAUGUCUCCUGCAUACACAUCUAUAGGCCUCCUGCUUCUGUGAAAGCUCUGCAGACAUUCCUUUUGAGAUGCAGCCAUGGAAGGCAUGGUGUAGGUUUGGAGGAGAAACUUAGCUAAACUGUGCAGGUGAUAUGUCUUGUGGGUGAGGGGAGGUGUUUGGGUUUUUUUCCUCUGUCAGCCUUUUUAAUCUGUUUUUUUGACCACAGUCAAGACCAUUGGUGGUCCUGGCCUCAUCACCAAUAUGUAGUGUUUCCAUGGGACUGCAGCGUAGAACAUUGUUAAAUGCAAGAAGGUGUCAGUGGGGGGAUGGUGCUGCUGCUGGUUAGGGACUGAGGUUCACUGGGUUUCUUCUGAAGAUUUGGGCACAGUGCUGUCUGACUGCGUAGCUCUAACCAGACACUUGGGUCUCAUGCUCACCAGCACUAGGAACAUUAACUUUCAUCACACACAAAAACCCUGAAACUCCCUGCAGUUGCAUCGUAUGUAUGUUGGUAGCUUAGUUACUAAAAAGUCAUAGCUGUCUUCAGAAGACUUAGUAUUCUGAAGAAUUUAUUUUUACCUUAAAUCGAUAGAUGUACUUUGAGAAAACUAUUUUAGUUACCAUAGUUUGAUGUGGCACUGUGUGCCUGGACAGAGAUGGGGCUGAAAUCUACAGAUGUAACUUAUAAGCUUGAAAUUUGUGGGGACGUGGCUGAUGAAGACUGAGAAGUUUCGAGGUUAUGGCUUGAGGGAAAUCAUGAAAUGCUUUGGCUUUGGAAUAAGCUAGUGAGAAAUGCCUCUGGAGGGGACGUGUCUGCAUUUUAGAAUACAAAACUGCUUCUGAAGUCUCAGAAGCUGAGCAGUAUUAAAAAGAGAAUAAAGUGUUUAAAAGUAGGUGCAAGAUAAAAGACAAGUCCUUCUGAGGCCACAAAGACAAUCAGGCCAUGUAGACAAUCUGCGUUUUUCACUUGUAUAUUUUGAGUUGGGAAGAAGAUAGCAGCUAACAGCAGCUGAUUCAAAGUGGAAAAGGAGGAUUUGUCAAAUUACUGGAACUAUAUUUUUGUACUCCAGCGUAGGAUUUCCUACUAAGUUGGAUGUGCAGAGGGAGGGGAGAGAGACCAUCUUUAUACUUCAUGGAAGCAUUAUUCAGAAGCUAGUGUUCAUACUGCAUCGCACUCACAGAACACACCUACUUGUGCUACCUGCUACUUCGUGUUUUUCUCUGUCUACUGAAACUUUGGUGCAGAAGCUCGUUGUUUACAUGAAGCACUUUCUGAUUAGGCUGGAAAUUAACACCUCUUCCUCCUGUAAAUUUGAUGGAGAUAACAGAUUACUGACUAUAUUUUGCUUGAGGAUAGAGGUAUGAACAUUAAGUUUUCUUGAAUGAGGAAGACUUGUGCUCCUUGCUCUAUUAAAGAGAGAGCUCAGACUUUCGUUUAGUGAGCAACAUGCAAAAACUUCUUAUUCCCCUUUCCCUAACCCCCCCCUCUUUUCCUUAACAUGUGGAUGAAGAACUUAAUUCCUGAAACAGAUUCUUCCUUUGAAAUGUUCUGUUGUUCCACGGAGUUACUGUAGUUGUGUAUUAGUUACUGCUGUGUUGAUUGGCAGUUUCUUGUAUUUUUCCUGUUCUUGAGGAGUUUCACUUCUGAAAGUUAAGGCUGUGGCCACCUGUACUUGUAAGCCUUGGUUUUUGGUCCUGGAAUGUCCCAAAUGUUUGUCUUAUGGGUUUCUUUGGUUUGGGUUUGGUGGGGGUUUUGGGGGUUUCUUAUUUUUUUGAUUGGUUGGGUUUUUUUGGAAAGAAUACUUACGCUGUUUGAGGCACUGUUCUUUCUGCUGAUAAUUAUAUGCUUCUGUGGUAGAGGUGGUGCUGAGCUCUGCUGAACGCAGGGAACAGCUGAGAGAGCAAAUUUAAAACCAUAUUUGGGGUUUCUGUAAUUACCUGUACCGCCAGAAGGUCGCCCUGCCUUCGGCAACGUUACGGUUUUGUUUCUUGUCCUUGUAUUGUUACUGGUAUAAAGUCAAGUGCCUUCAAUGCUAAAGGCUCAGAAAACUUUCUUAAACUGACUUCAUGUCCUAUGCAAGUGUUUUUUCUACAACCUGCAUAACCAGUACUUUGUAAAACUUGUUUACGCUUCAACUGUACAUAGUGUUUUUAAAAAAAAAUAGUAUUUUUAUUUAGGUACCUCCAAACUUGAAUUCUAGUCUUGUGUGAUGCAUUGUAAAACAACACAUUUCUCUUUUGAGUACCAUUACAGUUGUAAAAAGGUUUUCACUGGUUCUAUUUUUCUACUGUUGCUGAGAAGCAUGUAACACUGACUUUAUCCUACGUAUAGUUGGCAUUUCAAAUAAAUGGCUUGUAUAGAA